AUGUGGUGGAAAGAAGCAAGUAUCUAUCAAAUUUGGCCCGCAUCAUUCAAAGAUUCCAAUGAUGAUGGUGUUGGUGAUAUCCAAGGGAUUAUUUCCAAAUUGGAUUAUGUGAAAAACUUAGGUGUUGAUAUCAUCUGGUUAUCUCCAAUGUAUGAUUCUCCUCAAGAUGAUAUGGGUUACGAUAUCAGUAAUUAUGAAAAAGUUUAUCCUAAGUAUGGGGAUUUGAAUGAUAUGACUCAAUUGAUUGAGGGGUGCCAUUCAAGAGGAAUGAAAUUGAUUUUGGAUUUGGUCAUCAAUCAUACUUCAAGUGAACAUGAAUGGUUUAAACAACUGAGAGCUUCUUUAGAUAACCCAAAAAGAGAUUGGUAUAUCUGGAAGAAACCAAAAUAUGUUGAUGGUAAGAGAUGUCCUCCGAAUAAUUGGUUGUCUUACUUUUCAGGAAGUGCUUGGGAAUAUGAUGAGGCUACUGAUGAGUAUUAUCUCCAUCUUUUCGCCAAAAGUCAACCCGACUUGAAUUGGGAAAACGAAGAAUGUAGAAACGCCAUUUACAACAGUGCCGUGAAAUUCUGGUUCGAAAAAGGUAUUGAUGGUUUCAGAAUCGAUACCGCAGGUAUGUAUUCUAAAGACCAAAGAUUCUUAGAUGCUCCUAUUGUUUUCCCUGAUAAUGAAUAUCAACCAUGUAAGGUGUUCCACCAGAAUGGUCCCCGUAUUCAUGAAUUCCAUCAAGAAAUGUUCAAAAAGGUUACUUCUCAUUAUGAUGCUAUGACUGUAGGAGAAGUUGGUCAUUGUUCUAGAGAUGAAUUGAUCAGAUAUGUUGGAGCUUCCAGAGGAGAAAUGAAUAUGAUGUUCUUAUUUGAUAUGGUUGAAUUGGGUAGUGAUCCAUUGGAUAGAUUCCGUUACAUGGAUUUUGAUCUUACGGAUUUCAAAAAUACAGUCAUCAGGCAAAGUGAAUUCAUUGGAACCACGGAUGCUUGGACAACUGUUUUCAAUGAAAAUCAUGAUCAAGCAAGGUCUAUAACCAGAUUUGCCAAUGACUCUCCUGAGUACCGUGUGAAAAGUGGGAAACUUUUAGCUAUGCUUCAAAGUUGUUUGAGUGGAACAUUGUUCCUUUACCAAGGUCAAGAAAUAGGUAUGACCAAUGUCCCUAAGGAAUGGCCCAUCGAAGAGUAUAAGGAUAUCAAUUCCAUCAAUUACUACCAAGAGCUUGUGGAGAAACAUCCUAAAGAUUCUGCCAAAGUUAAAGAAUUCAUGAAAGUCCUUAAUCUCAUUGCUAGAGACAAUGCCCGUACCCCUGUACAAUGGGAUAGUACUGCUUAUGCAGGGUUUUCUGGAGUUGAACCAUGGAUGAGGGUCAAUGACAAUUACAAGGAAAUCAAUGCUGCUUCUCAAGUAGAUGAUCCAGAAUCUCUCUAUAACUUCUGGAGUAAAUGUUUGGCAAACAGAAAGAAAUUCCCAUCCUUGAUCUAUGGACAAAUAGAGAUUCUUAAUUUGGAUAACAAAGAUACUUUUGAGUUCGUCAAGAAAACAGAAGGUAAGGACGAAAUCUAUGUCAUUUUGAACUUCAGUCAAAAAGAUGUUGAUUUCACACCCAACUCAGAAUGGAAGUUAUUGAUAACUAAUGGUGAUAAUAGCAGUAAACUUACUCCUUACGAAGGAAGAAUUUAUAGUAUGUAA